CAUUGAAAUCAAACCUCAUUAAUUUGUGAAACAUGCAAACACUUUUAAAGAAAGCACAAGAGCAAAUUCCCUUCACAAAAAAGCACAUAUAUAAUAUAUUCCCAUUUUCCCUCUCAGAAAACUUCAUUUUAGGAACCUACCUCCAGGCUCUAGUUAUGGGCUUUAAAGAGCUUUUCCACCUCAAGAAAUCUAAGAAAUCAGAUGAUUCUUCUGUUGAUUCAUCCACUGUUGCUCCUCCAUUCACCGGAUCGAGAUCUCAGUCCUUCAAACUCAACACCCAGCUUGAAGAACUUGAGCAAGUUUUCAAGAAAUUUGAUGUCAAUGGAGAUGGGAAGAUCUCCUCCUCUGAGCUUGGCUCCAUUAUGUCCAGCCUCGGCCACCAGGCCAACGAGGAGGAGCUGCGUAAGAUGAUCACUGAAUUCGAUGCCGAUGGAGAUGGGUUCAUCGAUUUUCAAGAGUUUGUACAGUUGAAUACACAAGGGGUUGAUACUGAUGAAGUUCUAGAGAAUUUGAAGGAUGCUUUCUCUGUUUACGACAUUGAUGGAAACGGGUCGAUUUCUGCAGAGGAGUUGCAUAAAGUGAUGGCCAGCCUCGGCGAGGACUGCUCUAUUGCAGAGUGCAAGAAAAUGAUUAGUGGAGUCGAUAGUGACGGCAAUGGGAUGAUCGAUUUUGAGGAGUUCAAGGUCAUGAUGACGGUGGGUGUUAAAUGGGAAUCCAAUAAUGGUCUCAGUUGAAUCAAUGGUUCUGCGGCGGCAUAAGAGGUGGUUCUGGGUUCUGAGAUCUAAUAGCUUCCAUUUUCUGAUUUGUUUUUUUUUGUGUUUGCUUGAUUUUGAUCAGAAACACUGUGAAUAUUAUUUCGAUGCAACACAGUGGUUUAUCAUUACUUUUGUCUAA